CUCGGCGGCAACGGCCUCCCCACCGAGACCGGGCUCUACUUCACGCAGAUUGGGAUCGGCACGCCGGCCAAGAGCUACUACGUGCAGGUGGACACCGGCAGCGACAUACUCUGGGUCAACUGCGUCUCCUGCGACACCUGCCCCCGCAAGAGCGGCCUCGGGAUAGAGCUGACGCUGUACGACCCGAGCGGAUCGUCGAGCGGCACCGGGGUCACGUGCGGCCAGGAGUUCUGCGUGGCGACUCACGGCGGCGUGCUCCCGUCCUGCGUCCCCGCCGCGCCGUGCCAGUACAGCAUCUCAUACGGAGACGGAAGCUCCACGACGGGAUUCUUUGUCACGGACUUCUUGCAGUACAACCAGGUGUCUGGCAAUAGCCAAACCACCCCGGCCAAUACAAGCAUCACGUUUGGGUGCGGUGCUAAGAUUGGUGGAGAUUUGGGGUCGUCAAGCCAGGCUCUUGACGGGAUUCUUGGAUUUGGUCAGUCAAAUUCAUCCAUGCUGUCGCAGUUAGCGGCUGCAGGAAAAGUGAGGAAGGUCUUCGCACAUUGCUUGGACACCAUAAAUGGUGGAGGGAUUUUUGCUAUUGGGGAUGUCGUGCAGCCCAAAGUGAGCACAACGCCGUUGGUGCCCGGCAUGCCGCAUUACAAUGUCAACUUGGAAGCAAUUGAUGUUGGUGGUGUUAAGCUACAGCUUCCAACAAAUAUUUUUGGUAUAGAGGAAAGUAAGGGUACCAUUAUUGACAGUGGAACAACAUUGGCGUAUCUACCAGGGGUGGUUUAUAAUGCUAUAAUGUCUAAGGUAUUUGCUCAGUAUGGAGAGAUGCCCUUAAAAAAUGAUCAAGAUUUCCAAUGUUUCAGAUAUUCUGGAAGUGUAGACGAUGGAUUUCCUAUAAUCACCUUUCACUUUGAGGGCGGCCUUCCACUGAAUAUUCAUCCACAUGACUAUCUUUUUCAAAAUGGGGAGCUGUACUGCAUGGGGUUCCAGACUGGUGGAUUGCAAACCAAGGAUGGAAAAGAUAUGGUGCUUUUGGGAGAUCUAGCAUUUUCAAACAGACUGGUUCUUUAUGAUUUGGAAAACCAAGUUAUUGGAUGGACCGAUUACAACUGCUCCUCCAGCAUUAAAAUCAAGGAUGACAAGACUGGAUCAAUAUACACUGUGAAUGCACAUGAUAUCUCAUCUGGAUGGAGAUUUCAGUGGCACAAGCCCUUGUUUGUAUUGCUAGUAACGGCGCUGUGCAGCUAUACAAUGUUCUAACAUAACCGCGGAUUCUCACAACUCUGUAUGCUUGUAGCCAUUUUGUUGUGUUUUGUUGUUAGUUCUUACAGAGAAAGGAAAGGAUAGGGGUAUAUACACCUAUGUUGUCUUAGGAAAAUGAGGGGGAAGGAAAGGAAGUACACUGAUUGUCAUGUCAAGAAUAUAUAUGGAAAACAUUUGCCCAAGAAUUA